AUGACAGUUACUCCAGAGAAAACAAUUUGCGUGUUUUGUGGAUCAUCUUUCGGGAAGAAUGCAUCCUUCACCAAGGCAGCUACAGAGCUAGGUAAUUUACUUGCUUCAAAGAAAUAUGGUCUUGUUUACGGAGGUGGAACUACAGGACUGAUGGGCAUCAUCGCAAAAACGGUGGCAUCUCAGGAUGGGUAUGUUCAUGGAAUCAUUCCUGACGCUCUUGUCACUAAAGAGAGAUCCGACUCAGUUGACGAGAUCAAUAAGAAAAUACAGACAGAUGUGGAGAAUCACAAGGGAGAAACGCCUCUGGAUGAUAGUUACGGGAAAACCACCAUUGUCACGGAUAUGCACACUAGAAAGAAAAUGAUGGGAAUGGAGGCUAAUGGAGGAUUCGUGGCAAUGCCUGGUGGCUUUGGCACGUUGGAGGAAAUUAUGGAAGUGACGACUUGGUCUCAGUUAGGAAUUCACAAGAAACCAGUCGUUCUGUUUAAUGUUGAUGGAUUUUACGAUGAGUUCAUCAAGUUUCUGGACAGCGCUGUGGAAGCCGGAUUCAUUUCAAAGAAUAAUAGUAGUAUUCUAGCAGUUGCAAACACAGCCGAGGAGGUGGUCGAAAAGUUAGACAAUUAUGUUGUUCCAGAAGGUCGAUUCAACCUCACAUGGAAGAAUAAUUAG